AGCCUCUAUUACGUAGCUAGUCUACGUGUGGGACGUCUCGCAAAACGACUAGCUUCGGCAAACAUCGUCAUCGGUCGUUAACUGAUAGUCAAGGAUGGAGGAAGAGGCACGCCAGCUUUUCGAGGAAGGAAUAAUAAAGAAAUUGAUCAGUCCUGGUAAAGGAGAACUGUCGACCUUUCCAAAUGGAACAAAGGUGGUUUUCCACUACCGCACCAGCCUGUGUGAUGGCACAUUGCUGGAUGACUCCAGAACCAUGGGGGGCCGCAGCAAACCCAUGGAGCUCAUCUUGGGCAAGAAGUUUAAACUAGCUGUGUGGGAGAGAGUGAUCAUCACCAUGAAACAAGGCGAAAUUGCAGAAUUUACCUGUGACAAAAGGCACACAGCUCUGUACCCGCUUGUGUCCCAGUCCCUGAGAAACAUCAGUGCUGGUAAGGACCCCCUGGAAGGCCAGAGGCAUUGCUGCGGCAUUGCCCAGAUCCACUCCCACCACUCUUUGGGGCACAACGACCUGGAUCAGCUUCAGGCCAGUCCACAGCCUCUUGUCUUCACCAUCGAGCUGCAGGAGGUUCUGCCUCCAGGAUCGUUCCAGCUUGACGUGUGGGCUAUGACAGAUCAAGAGAAACUUGAGCUCGUGCCUCAGAUCCAUGAGGAGGGCAACAUGCUUUUCAAACAGGGCAAAAUCAAGGAAGCCACAGAGAAGUACUACAAUGGCAUUGCCUGCCUCAAAAAUCUACAGAUGAAGGAGCACCCUGGAGACGAAGUAUGGGUCAAGUUUGACCAUAUGAUCACACCACUGCUCCUCAACUUCUGCCAGUGCAAGCUACUCCAGGGCCAAUACUACGAAGUCAUCGAGCACUGCUCAGCCAUACUCCUCAAAUAUGAGGACAACGUGAAGGCCUUAUACAAGCGUGGUAAGGCCCACGCUGCAGUGUGGAAUGAGGUCGAAGCACGGGCAGACUUUAAUAGGUUGUUGGAGCUGGACCCCUCUCUGGGGCCGUCUGUUGCCAAGGAGCUGAAGGCCAUGGAGGACAAGAUCCGGAUCAAAGAGAAGGAAGAAAAGGGUCGCUACAAAGACCUGUUCACCUACAAUACAACACCAGCCACUGCCACUACAGGAUGAAUCACACAGAUGUAUGGACCAAAAGGAUGCCUGUGAAUUUCAAGACGGAGGACAAACAGUGCUGGUGUUUUAGUUUAUUUCCAUGCGCCCAAGCAAAUGACUCUGCCACCCUGCCCUUCCUCCCAUAGUACACGCAGAAAUAUGAAAUAUUCCCACACACUGUCCGGUCAUAUGCACACACACACAGUUAUGCAUAUAUACCAAGGUUCUUAUUUAGAAAACUGAACAUUACCUAAAGGGCAAAAGUAAGUAAGUAGUAGUCUAAAAGUGAAGUAAAGUUCAGUCUUUGAUGAAAAUACAAAAUCCCAUUGAAACCUUAGGUAUGUACAGGCCAAAAGCAUCAUUAUUUAAUUACGGUUUAAGCAUUUUACGUUGUCUUGAUUUCCCCGAAAUAUGUACAGAGCUGUUGAAGAAUCCUAAAAUGACUUGUAAUCGUAGCUCAACAAGGAGAUUCCAGAUGGAAAUGCUGCCCCUUAGAACAUUAAGGAAUAUAUAUAUUUUUUUUAUUGCACACAAGACAUCACAUACACGCUUCUGUCUUGUUCCGCCAGACCCCCUCUUCUAUGUUGGUCACAGCAGAAGCUCUGGCAUAAGCACGAGACCAUUAUAUCAUGGUAGAUGCAACUGGGAAACUGAGCUGUCGUGACAAUCAUUUAUAACACACGUGAACUUGUGUUAUCUUUGCUUUUUCCUAUGUACUUACUUAUUUAAUAUACGUAAGAAAUUACUACCAUUACAGUAUAUUGUUUUGUCAAUAUGUACUCCGCAAAGCCCUUAUUAUGUCCUUCACUUACUUAGAAAGCUACUCAUGACGCACGUGAAGCAGCGGGUCAUCUGAGGUGAGAUGUAAUUGAGGUUGUGAUUAUGUAACUGAAAAUAAACGUGUUUAUUCC